AUGAAGGUGAAGAAGACCCAGAUCGCCACGUGUGCUUGGGAGCUCGAGCAAAAUCAAGCUGAGCUAAUUGCAAAUCUCACUGGCUUGAGCUGCGAAAUCGGGUCACCGUGCAUACGGAUUCGGGUCGGGAUGUAUGAUAACGGCGAACGACGGCGAGGAUUUGGCGAUUCCGUCGAUAUCGGUGUCGGAAAUGGGACAAGAUUUAUUUUAGUGAGAGUAAACAGUGCGUUAAUAGUAUUUAAUGGUGGAGGGUGCUAUUUUGCGCUGCCGUGCGUUAUGGGCAUCGAGUAA